GCACGACGCCCCCCGUCGAGUCCCUGUACCGGGGGGGCUGUCGACGGGGAUCAUCGUGUCUGUAGGUAUUAAAAUCCAGACCCGCCAUCAACUAAGAGAGUUCCCACAAUGCCCUUUGUGUCCCCCUUCAUUCAACCUUUCCCAGAGUGAACAAAACUCCACAAGCUCACGUCCAACUGCGAGUGUGUGCUGCGCCCGCCGCCACAAGACGCAAAUGGACGCCUUCGAGACCGUGGGCGGCAUGUUCCAGAACUCGGGCGUCUGGGGCCUGUUCUCCUGGCUGGCCACCAGCAUCUACUUCCUGCUGGGCAUCAACCUGACGUCGCGGCCGGCCGUGUCGGUCCGCCUCACCCUCGUCGGCACGUACCCACAGUUCCGCCUGCACAAGGACGACAUCAACAACUUUUUGCAGUCGCUCUUCGAGCCCGGCCUGCGCGACUGGGCCUGCGUCGAGUGCGAGGUCCAGACUGGCCGCGAGGGCAUCAGCAAGCCCACAAUAGCGGUCAAGCUCAGGCACAGGAGAUGUCUCGAGGGUGAUGCAAACCACAUUAUUUUGCUGCGGCAGCUUGCUCAUAACCUCACGGGCCAGUUCCGCCAUGGGCCGCACAAGUUCCGUGUGGCCCCAGAGUGGAGGCUGUCCAGCAUGACGCCCGUCCAGCGCGGCUUCGGCAGCUACUUCACCCUGAUGCAGCUCAAGAAGAUGCACGAGGCCUCGAUUCUGAGGGCCAGCAAGGCCGACAAGAAGGGGGUAAAGAGGAUAAAGCGUAAAGACUCUGCGAACGAGGUGCUGCUACUGGCAGACAGCUUCUUCCAGAGCUUUGGAGACCUCAUUGUGUUUCUGUCGGACGAGGAGAUUGAAGAGUUCCUCUCCGACAUGAAGAGGCCCGAGCUCGCAAAGGUGACCAGCCUGCUGAGGCGGAUCGUCGACCACCAGAAGAAGCGUGAAGACGACGCGAUCGAGGGAUCCGUGGUCGAGGCGUCCACGAUGGAGACGCGCGACGUCAUCCGGGCCGUCGUGGUCCGGAUGGACGAGCUGGCCAGGCACGGGCAGCAGCUCAAGGAGUCGGUCGACUGCCUGGACCCCAAGCGCGGCUCGGGCGACGAGAUGGAGCAGGUGUCGCAGGCCCUGGCCGGCGUCAUGGCCAACAACGCGGCUUUCAUCGGCGCCGUCGGCAUGCUCUCGCGCAACCUCGAGGCCUCGCGCCGCUACUGGGGCCAGUGGGCCACGGCCCUGUGGACCGUGGGCCUGGCCCUGAGCCUGGCCGGCGUCUUCUUCCCGCCCGCCUUCCUCGGCGCCAUGGGCGCCAGCGUCGCCGCCAUGAGCAGCCAGAGGAGGUGGAAGCGGAAGGCGCGGCAGGACGACCUGGUGAAGAAGAUCCAGGAAGCCAGCGGCGAGCUCGGGAUCCACAACGCCUCGUGCAGACUCUACAUCCUGACCGUCAUCUCGCACGCGGGUCACUUCUUCAUGUCGGGCACCGACGAGUACCGCAAGUACCGCGAGCUGCUACGCAAGUACUUCCAGGUCGACCCGGGCGCCGACAACAAGCAGGUCGCGGCCCUGGUCAAGGAGACGGGCAACCGCAUCCGCAACAAGAUCUGGCUCACGGGCGGCGAGGUGCGCUUCCUGGCGAGGAAGUACAAGGUGCCCCUCGCCGACUGGUGAGAAGGGAUACGAGUUGAGAGGGUUUGAGAUUAGAAAAAUGACGCGUUUGUUUGAUGACGACUUAUGAGCUUGGGAUAAAAUAUGCGGGAGCGGUGGAAAGGCGCAAGCUGGUCUUGGCCGUCUACCAGGGGGGACUGUUGUGAACUACAUCAGGAUCUCCCCUUUAUGACUGACCCUAUACACGCAACACUGGGUUGCUGGCACGCCUGUUCCCUUUGUCUCCCCUUUUUGUAUACGAUCUAGAAUAGGGUACAUAGCCGACGGAUUCACGGCGAAACGGCAAACGAGAAUGAGAAAACGACGACAUGAUGAUAGCUCUGGGCCUGUUGGGAUUGCGUGUUGCUAGCUUAUUUUGAGAGCAUUGAUUGUGGUUCAUUCUAGAUUACGUAUUCAUCUACAAAAGAAAAAGGGCCAUGUAUUGCCCAAGCAAAUGACAAC